CGAUUGCAACCUUUUAAGUUCACCCAUCUCUUCUUAUCUAGAUCUAGUGCUGAAAAUGAAUUUAAAAUACUGUCAAUUUUACAGACUUAGUUUAUGUUCUGUCCAGAUUACAACUGUCUUGUCUCUCAAUAUUUGUGAAGAGGCUAUUCCCAAAUGUCUGAGGAUAGCGAGGGGAUUCGCUAUUCCCAAAACCGAGACCUAUCAUGACCUGUGAACCCUGUAGGCUAGGUUCAUUUCUCUUCGCGUCUAUGGAUUCAGCCAACUUCCGGGAAUAGGUUUGAACAAGCGUAGCCUGGGCCUACGACGAACGAAAAUAUUGGUGUUGAAUGUUGAGUCGAGACUGGCUCUCGCUAGGGGAAGGCUAGAAUCUAGCUAUCUCAGAAAGACCAUCCCGGUUUUACAGAUCUAGAUCUAGAUUCAAGGCCUAACCCAAAAUUGCAGAGUGGCUGCAGCAUGGCCUCUACAGGAGACAUGAAGAAUAAUGUGAAGCAGCUUCAGGCUGAAUUGAAAGCUGUCAAAUAUUCAGGCACAAUGGAUAUUGAUGGCCUUGUGAGUGGUUUGCCGAAGACUUAUUUGCCAUUUUACCACUACCUGUUUACGACAUACAGUACAAAGCUGAACAAGGAUAUUUCCAAUUCUAAUAAUGAGUUGUAUGGCAAGUCUGAUAUGCGGUUUAUGGAGGCAGUGUACAAGAUUCUGCGUGACAUGUUCCAGCACAAGCCGCAGGUCACGAGGGAUCAAUUUUUCUCACCUGGGUUUGCUGAGAGAAAGGUUAUCAUGGCAACUGAGAUCUUGCGACUGGUCAGGAGUAAAUACAAACCACCAAAAACAUCCUCUGCGUUUAGAGUGACUGCGACUAAAGAUCACAGGCCUAGUAGCCACCCUGAAAAGGUGCGACAAGAGCCUCGCGUGCCAUCUUCAGCUAAAGAACGCCCUCGUAAGGUUGCAGCUAGAUCCAUUCCUGAUGUGUCAGGAGCUAUUGUGUUACCAUCGCAGGCCACAGCAUCUGCAGCCAAUGGCUUCUGCAUACCCAAGAGUGCUUUUCCUCAGCUGAGAAUGGCCCAGUUGGCUCCCACAAGGGACCAGGCAGAGCCAGUGCCAUCUGAUUCUGAUUCUGACCUUGAUACGGCAACAGUUACAGAAUCAUCGUCGGGAAGAAUUCUUGCAUCGUUACCAGCCGGCACUAUUGGCCAGUCAGAAAUGGAGGCAGAAAUCCGGAGGAAGGUUGUUGGUAUGGUUUCCCCUAGUUUGGUCAACCUCAAUGAGAGACUAGGCAAGCUGGAAAUUGCACUAAAGAGGAUGGACCAACAGGAAGUACCAAAGCCUCCUCCAGAGCCUGCUCAAUUCAAAGCCCUGACCACUGGACUGACCAAACAAAUGAAUGAUGUCAUCUUUAAACUGGACACCCUCACUUCUCGUGUUGUCCUCAUUGAAAAUCGGUUGACCAUGGUGGAAACAAAGUUAGACGAUGAGACAGCCUACCACAGAACUCUGGCUGCUAGUCGGGCAGUCACCUCAGGCAGCUCAAAGACCAGAAAUGCAGGUCAUCAUAGCAGACAGUCUCCUCGGAUAGUUCAAGUCCGGGCAGAGGAUGAGGAGGCUUUUCUUUCUUCAGCGGGUAAAGAAGAGCUCGGAGCGAAAGUUGUAGAAAGUCAUGGGGAGGUUAUCAACAUUGAAGAUGGUGACAUCAAUGCUGAUGCCGAUGGCGCUGGCGGAGAAAAGGUUGACGUUGUGGUGGUCAGAGAAGAAGUGGACAGGGAUACCAGGACUGACAACAAGAUGGGCUUCAUUAAAACACUGGUGGGAAAUAAUGGAUCUGAAACAACAUUAACAACUGGAGACAACAGCACAGUAGAUAUAGCAGAGGAUCAGAUUCCGUCAUUCGGCAGAUUUGAACUUGAGUCAAUGCCCGUGCAGACUGUCGCUUCCAUUGAUAACAGUCAAAGAGCUUGCACGCUAGAAAGAGAGGCAGCCCGGGAUCUCAUCUCAACCCUUCCUACUACAGCUGCAACCAGAGAUAACCCUCCUAUCUCAUCUCUGACAAACGCAUUUGGUGAUCUCGCUUCCCCCAUCCGCCCAUUUGUUCGCCCGCAAUACGAAUAUCCUUUACUUCAAGAUGAUUCUGUGAUCAGCAUUCCAUGCGCAACAUAUGAGGAUAGCUCAGAGGACAGACGGACAAGCACUCCGUCUCACGCAACGCUAGACACAUCGACCUUGGACAGGGUCGGUCGUAUCAACCAGAUGAUGUGCGAGACGCAACAACUGUUCCGUUAGAAAAGUCUGUCGCUGCUGUUUUGUCAGUUAUGUCUUGUCUUAACAAAAGUGAGCAAUAGUAAGUGAGGUGAGGACUUUUUAACGAAUGGGAAUUGCAAGGGGAGGGGUGUAGAUAUGGCUAAAAGAAUUGU